UGUGUGUGUGAGUGUUUCCCUGUAUGAGAGUGUAUUGUGACGUCUCAAUUGGCAUACUACUACUGCUCACUUAAUUGGAGUGUUACUGAUAGUUCUGGUGAUAUGAAGUGUGCUGCCCCAGAAUCAUAACGAUGUGUGUGUGUGUGAGUGUUUAUGUUUCCCACCUGUAUGAGAGCGUAGUUCUGGUGAUAUGAGGUGUGCGGAAUCAUAACGAUGGAUCGAUGGACACCAUCUUGGAAGGGGAGGGGCAUUUUCAAACUUGUGAUAAUCGCAGUUGAGGAAACUGGAGGAGUGGAAAAUGCACAGAUCAGGGGGUCGUCGUCGAGGCGACAGAGUGCAGCAACAGUGGGUGUGGAGGUGGUCUCCAUGGCGAUGACGGCACUGUUUGGUGGGAGGAAGAAGCGAGAGGAGCGGGAGGAGAAGCGGAGGGCGGUUCCCAUGGCAACGCUGGCGGCGGAAGAGGAGAGAGAGAGGGAUGCAGAGAUGGAUGGAGACGGAGAGAGAGAGGGAAGCGCCCCCAUCCGGAGGAACUCGCGCUUCUACCGCUCCAUGAGGAAGAAGAGGAGCAGAGGAGAACAGGAGCCCAGCCACACCCCCUCCCCACAGUCAUCGCGAGACUCCGCCUCCUCCCAGAAUAAGAACACUCCCAGUACACCACGAUCUCCUAGACACCAGCGUCCUGCGAGUGCGUUGCCAAGCAACGGGCUGUCAAGAAGCCCACGUGCGGCAGAAGGCGGGGCUUCGUCUCCGUUGGCGACGGCAGGAGACGGACGAGGUAGUCGAGGGAUGGAGGAGCUGGCCAGGCGCACAGAGGAAUGCUCCAUACACACACACACACACACACACACACGCUAUCACACACACGCGCUCUCACCCACACACAGCAAUGGCAGAGCAGACCCCGAGGAUGUCCGUCUACGGUUGAUGUCUGGUGAAGAUGGGAGGAUGGACUCACACUCCAACAUAUUAAACAUUGUGAAGAAUGUGGAAUGUCUCUAUCAGGAAUAUCGCGUGACCUCCAAACAGCAGGAAGUUGAAGAGCGUCGGAGAGUGGAGCGAGAAUCUGCGCAGGCACACGCACACGCACACACACACACACACACACACACGGCCACACACACACACACACACACACCCACCGUCCACCUGCAGCUGCGGAGCAGCAGCCUCAGUCUCUGGCAGAACCUCCCGGCCGUCCAACAUCUCCUGACCAACAUGACCCCCAGAGACAUCAUACUACAGGAGGCCAUGUUUGAGCUGGUGACAUCCGAGGCGUCGUACUACAAGAGUCUGGAGCUGCUGGAGACUCACUUCCUGCGGAACUCCGGCCUCCUCAACACCCUCAGCCAAUCAGACGCCCACUUCCUCUUCUCCAACAUCCAGGACGUCAUGAAGGCCAGUGAGAAGUUUCUGAUGGACCUGGAGCAUCGUCUGGAAGAGAGCCUGCUGAUCUCUGACGUGUGUGACAUCGUGCACCAACACGCCCAAACACACUUCAACGUCUUCAUCACCUACGUCAUCAACCAGGGCUACCAGGAGAAGCACUACCGACGCAUCAUGCUGGAGAACGAGCUGUUCCGUGAGCAGAUGCAGCAGCUGGAGAAUCAGCCGUGUGUGAAAGGCCUCUCCUUCACCUCCUUCCUCAUCCUCCCCUUCCAGAGAAUCUGCCGCCUCAAACUACUGGUGCAGAACAUUCUAAAGAAGGUGGAGGAGAACACUGAGAGAGAGAUGAACGCCAUCCAAGCCCACCGGGAGUUGGAGCGGAUUGUCAGAGAGUGCAAUGAGGGCGUGCGGAAAAUGAGCCGCACUGAGGAGCUGAUCAGCAUCGAGAAAACCCUGGAGUUCAAGACUAAGUCGGUGCCAGUGAUCUCCCACUCCCGUUGGCUGCUGAAGAAGGGCAAUCUGCUGCAGAUGUCGGGGCCUAAGAGCACUAGGACCCUGAAGAGCAAGAAGCUCUACACACCCGUCUACCUCUUCCUCUUCAACAACCUGCUGCUAGUCACCAAGCCCACCAGUGGGGAUCGUUUCCUGGUGCUGGACUCCUGCAGCCGUUCCAUGCUGCGCACAGAGGACCUGACUGACCAGGGCCAGACGCUGGCGCACGCCUUCAGCCUGAAGCUGCUGGAGAACCAGGAGGACCGCGGGGUCAGCUACCUGCUCAAGGCCAGCAGCAUGAGUGAUAAACUGAGGUGGAUGUGUACUCUCACACCAAAUCGGCGAACUCGUUUCAUGUCAACCAGCGCCCAUCAACCAGAUGCCCCUCAGGUCCAGUGCGUCCAAUCCUACUCUGCCCAGGAGCCUGAUGAGCUCUCUAUUGAGAUGGCCGACGUUCUGCACGUCCUGGAGAAUUCAGACGACGGUUGGGUGUUGGGUGAGCGGCUUCAUGACGGGGAGCGUGGCUGGUUUCCGUGGCGGGUUGUCGAGGAGAUCCAGAGUGCCGAGCUGCGCGCUCAGAACCUGCGCGAGUGUCAGCGUAUCCAGCAGGCGCAGGGGUCACGCGGCCGCCACACACACUCACGCUCACAAUCGCACGCGCACACACACUCCCACGGCCUCUCACUCUCCCACUCCAGCACCGGGCCCCUCUAACGCACGCCGCACGGCUCCACCAAUCACAGCAGGAGCUCAGAGUGACCACCUCAUGGCGCUUCCCACUAGCCGCAGGUCAUGUGACCAGAGUUCACAGGAAUGAGACUCAGGACGUCGGGGAGAUGUGUGUGUAUAUUCUGCGAAAGAGAGACGUGUGUGUGUGUGUGUGUGUGAGUGGGGAGAUUGUCUGCAUUUUCCAUAUUAUUGUUCAGACUGAAAAGACACUUUAAGGGACUAAAUCAUACAAUUAUACAUCCAAACAACCCAGAAACACACACACUUAACCCAGUCUGAUGAACCAGAAACCACUCUCACACACACACACGCACACACACACACACACACACAGUCUGAUAAACCAGAAACCAUUUUUUAAUAACAC